AUGGUUGGCGGCGGCGCUCAAACGGACAAUAUCGUCCAUCGCAUGGCGAUGGAGGAUAGGGUCCCAUGGCAUCAGAAGAGAAACUUGCGCUACUUGUACUUCAUGCUGUUUCCAUGUCUGAUGGGGAUCGAAAUGACUUCCGGGUUCGACUCGCAGAUCAUCAACGCCGUCCAAAUAGUUCCCGCGUGGUCAAAUUUUUUCGGCCAUCCAACAGGCGGUUAUAAGGGGAUCCUGGCCUCCGCCUUGCCGCUCGGCGCCGUGAUCGGUCUCCCCUUUAUCCCACUACUUAAUGAUAACUUGGGUCGGAGAUGGUGUGUUAUGUUCGGCAGCGUGGUAAUGGUCAUUGGAUCGCUGAUUCAGGGGUUCGCGGUAAACGGCCCGAUGUACAUCGUUUCCCGGUUGAUCAUUGGCUUCGGACUGCCAUAUGCUAUCGUUGCAGGGUCUAGUUUGAUCGGAGAACUUGCGUAUCCCAAGGAGCGUGCGAUCUUGACGUCUUUGUUCAACGCAGCAUAUUUCAUCGGCGCCAUCGUGGCUUCGGCUGUGACGUAUGGAACCCAGCAAAUUCCGUCGGAUUGGUCUUGGAGAGUUCCUUCCCUUCUACAGAUGUCGCCAUCUUUGUUACAAGUCGCCCUCAUCUUUUUCUUGCCCGAAAGCCCCCGAUUCUUGAUAAGCAAAGAACGAUACGAGGAAGCUUUUAAAGUUUUAGUUACCUACCAUGCCGAAGGAAACGAAGACUCGGAAUUCGCAAAGGCGGAAAUGGCUGAGAUAAAGACUACCAUCGCUAUCGAACUCGAGCAUUCGAAGCGCUCUUGGAUGGAUAUGAUCAACAGCCCCGGAAAUCGACGACGUGUGAUUAUCGGCUCGCUUCUCGGAGUCAUGUCGCAGCUUUCCGGAAACGUGGUUAUCUCGUAUUACCUGGGAGAUAUUCUUAACCUGAUCGGCUUCACGGAUCCCAGUUUCCAGGCCAAGUACAAUAUCGGAAACCAGUGCUUGGGGUUAGUAUGCGCUGUCUUUACCGCGCUAUUGGUCAUGAGGUUUAAGCGUAGAACGAUGUUCCUGACUUCCAUAUCCGCUAUCCUCAUCAUAUAUGUAGCCUGGACUAUCUCCGCGGCCGAGGCCAUUGUCGGAGGAUCGAAAGCUGCCGGAAAGCUCUGUUUGUUCUGGAUCUAUGCAUACCAGCCAGCCUACAACAUCGGCUUCAACGCCCUGACGUAUACGUACCUCGUCGAGAUUUUCCCGUACGCUAUGAGAGCUCGCGGAAUAUCCAUCUUCCAAUUCUUCGGGAAAGCCGCCCAGUUUUUCGGUACGAACGUCAACCCCGUUGGUCUGGACCCCGUCUCCGGUAUCGGGUGGAAGUUCUUGAUCGUGUAUUGUUGCUGGAUCGCAGUUGAAGCUUUCCUCAUGUGGUACCUGUGGCCCGAGACUUCGAAUCGCACUUUGGAAGAACUUGCCUUCUUGUUCGAGGAUAUAAACCGAGCCCACGCCGCGACGGAAGCUGUCGAAAGGCAGAUCCACGUCGAGGAUGGCAAGCAUCAAGAGUCGGCAAACAUAUCGGAAACUACGAGCAAAGACCAAGUUUAA